AUUCUGAAUUUCAAAAAUUCAAGUGUAAAUGCGGGCUUUAUAAAAAAGUGAAGAAAAAGAAGAGAGUGAAACCAUGGACUCAUGGGGCAUUACAUCAGCAACAACAAUGAGAUAGGAAAAAAUAGGAUAAUUGUAGAAUGAAAUCAGUGAUAUGAAGGAAGUGAUCCUUUUAUUUAGAUUUUUGGUUCAACUGGUUGUUUAUAUCUGCAAUUUUCUGUGGUAUUCUGUUGGGUGCAAGGAGACUGCCAAAUCAGUACUUCUUCCAAUGCCUGCUCCCUUUUUGAUAGGGGCUUUCUUACUGGUAGUAGGCUGAUAUCCUUUGGAACAUUAAGAUAUCCUGGUUGCUGAGAAACUUUAGCACUCUUCAAUUCCAUGAAGUUUACAUGUUUAAGUGAGGGCAGGGGCUACUAUUUCCCACCAUGCCACAUAGUUAAUAUAUGUGGUUUCCGGGUGUUACUUGACUGCCCUUUGGACCUUUCAGCCCUAGCUGUAUUUUCUCCCCUACCAAUUGUUAUUUCUUCCCUGCUUGAUGAGAAAGCUUCUAUUCAUAGCGGCCAAAGUUCAUCAAAUUCAGAGUCUGUAAGACAGGAAGUUUCGGAGCUUUUUCAUUCCAAAAAUUUGAUACAAGCUGAGCCUUGGUAUAAAACUGUGAAAAGUUUGCAGCUUUGGAGUAUUUAUUCCAUAGAUGUGGUACUAAUCUCAAGUCCUAUGGGUAUGCUAGGGUUACCUUUUCUUACCCGCCUCAAAGACUUCAGAGCAAAGAUAUAUGCAACGGAAGCAGCUUCCAGACUAGGGAAACUGAUGAUGGAGGACCUUAUUUCCAUGCAUAUGGAGUUGAGACAAUUCUAUGGGCCUGAAGAGUCUGGUUGCCCUCAAUGGAUGACAUGGGAAAAACUUGAACUACUUCCUAGGGCACUAAAGGAUAUUGUUUUAGGCAGUGAAAGGACAGAGCUUGGUGGAUGGAUGUCCAUAUACAGUGCAGCUGAUAUGAAGGGUUGCAUGGAGAAGGUUCAAUUCCUUAAGUAUGCUGAAGAAGCCUACUAUAAUGGCUCAUUGACCAUAAAAGCAUUGAGUUCUGGUUUAGAGAUAGGUGCUUGUAAUUGGAAUAUUCUGAGUCCAAAAGGAAACAUUAUUUAUCUUUCUGGCUCUGUUUUUGCAUCAGCAACUGCAACCAGUUUCGAUUACAAAGCUCUUGAAAGAAGUGAUGUUCUAUUAUAUUCAGACUUCACAGCCUGCAAUGAUGUUGAUGGUGAAAAGAAUGAUUUCCCUCGUGCUACUGGCAGUUCCUAUUCAAGUAAUAUUGGUAGUUGUUGGGAAACAAUACCUGAAUCAUGGCUUGAUUCAGAUGAGUACUCUGAAGAGAUGGAAAAAGUAUCUUUUAUAUGUUCAUGUGCGUUGGACACUAUUAGUGAUGGAGGAUCAGUCCUUAUUCCCAUUGGACGGCCCGGAGUCAUGUUGCAGCUGUUGGAGAACAUAUCACUUUCUCUAGAAUCUUCAAAUUUAAAGGUUCCUAUAUACUUUGUUUCUUCUGUGGCGGAAGAGUUGUUGGCAUUUUCCAAUAUCAUACCUGAAUGGCUGUCCAGUCAACUGCAAGAAAGAUUUUGUUCUGGGCAACCACUAUUCACGCAUAUUCAGCUGUCAAACGAGAAAAAGCUCUUCGUAUCUCCUGCAAUACAUUCAUCAAAAUUCCUAACAAGUUGGCAGGAACCUUGCAUAGUAUUCUGUCCUCACUGGAGUUUGCGACUUGGCCCUGUUGUCCAUCUCCUUCAACGUUGGUGUGCAGAUCCUAACUCGUUGCUUAUCAUUGAGGAAAGAGCUGAUAUCAAGUUGGCUUUGUUGCCUUUUGAGCCAAUGUCAAUGAAGGUCCUUCAAUGUUCAUUCAUCUCUGGAAUAAAGCUAAAGAAAGCUAUACCUUUACUAAAGAUAUUACAACCUAAACAUGUGCUGGUCCCUGAGAGUUUGAGGCCCCAUAUUAGCUGUUGGAACCCCAAAUUUUCGGUCCAUAGUUUCUCCGAAAAUGAAACUGUAGUUGUGCCCAAGUUGAAAACAUUUGCAGAUAUGGACAUUGCCAUGGACAUGGCUUCUGGGCUGCUCAUUGAUACAAAAAUGAUACAGGGAAAAAAUAUUGCAAGAUUAAAGGGAGAGUUGCUCAUUGAGCAGGGAAAGUAUCGGUGUGUUCUUAGAAACAAGCAAGUGCUUUCUUCGCAAGUUAGGCCAUUGCUAUUUCUGGGUAGAGUUGACUUGGACUCCCUUCUGAUGGCUUUAAAGAAGAUGGGUAUGAAAGUAGCUGCACAGCAUGCCCAGAGUACUGAUGGAUCAGAAAAUGUAUCACUUAUAUUCAUCUCGGAGCCCAAUGAAGCCUUGAUAGAGAUUACAUCAACUCAAACCACGAUAAGCGUUGGUGAUGAGACUACUGCUUCGCUGGUUUCUGAGGCUGUUCGUAGCACUUUAGUUUGUUUCUGAUAAAAGAUGG